CGAAGGAGAGCUGGCACCGAACUUUCCCAUCUGCGCGAGAAGAUCGGUUAUCGUCGUUGACAGAGACGCCAUCAUCGCCAUCCUCAUUCAGCACAAGCAAGGUCCUCAAUCCAACAACGACCGCCGGACAGACAGACGGAGAAAGCGAGAUGGGUCUUGUCUUGUUUCCCAGAUGGGCACUCCUGUCGACGACGACGACGAUCCUCUGCAUCGCCGCCGCCGCCGCCGCCCUCGUAAGUUCCGAGCAGAUGCAUUCCGGCCAGCGGUCGGCGUACGACGUCCUCGGGGACUACAACUUCCCCGCCGGGAUCCUCCCCAUCGGGGUCAACGGCUACGACCUCGACGCGUCGACGGGGCAGUUCGCGGCCUACUUCAACAAGACGUGCAGCUUCUCGCUGGAGGGGUCGUACCAGCUGGAGUACAAGUCCACGAUCCGCGGGCUCAUCUCCGAGAACCGGCUCAAGAACCUGCAGGGGGUGAAGGUGAAGCUGCUGUUCGUGUGGGUGGACAUCGUGGAGGUCAGCCGCCGGGGCGACGACCUGCAGUUCUCCGUCGGCAUCGCGGGCGCCGACUUCCCCAUCGAUAAUUUCGAGGAGUGCCCCCAGUGCGGGUGCGGGUUGAAUUGCGGCGACCGUGUGGUGGGGGAGACGACGAGAGGAGGUAGGAGGCCGUUUGUUGAUUCUUACUGAUGGGGAAUGGGAUCGACAGGGGAAACGCCGUUGUGCUGGAAUUCUAUUCUCUUCUUUAUUAUUUGUGGCGUGAUGGAUAUAGAUUCAGCUCCAAAUGAUUAAUUGUUGUCAAGCGUUUUUUUUCUCGUCUUCGUUGUGCGCUUGAUGGUUUCUGCAUUUGUUAAGAUUAUGCUGCUGUAAUGGGAAGAAUGCCCAUGACAGAUAUAUAAAAGUGGAGUAGAAUUCGAGAAUAGAAACAAACUUCACCAAAGGGUUUCAAAGAAAGGUCAUCUUGAAGAAUGUUUGCUCUGAAUUGUGUAAAAUGCAUGAGAAAUUAUCUUGCU